CCUCAUAUUUGGUCAUAAUGUCACAAAAGAAAAAGAAAACAAAAACAAGUCAGAGAAAUAAAUAAAUAAACAAUUCUAACGUUUAAGCCGAUUAUCCGGACUUAAAACGUUAAAACAAUAGUUGUAGAAUAUAUUAUUCAGUUAGUUAUUCUAUGAUAUUAAUAUUAAUAUCAAGUUUAUACCUAUAACUUCAAAAUUAACUACUUAAAUCAUAGUAGAAGGAAACGCUUAAAUCUUUACCUUCACCCUCUGCCUUUACUAGUUUUGUUAAUAUUCAUAGAUACAGAAAACAGCCGUAGAAGAUACAGCCCUAGAUUUUGUUAGUAUUGGAUAAGGAUUUAUAUUUGUAAUAUGCAUACAUUUUGUUAAUUACAUAUAGAUAUUUUAAACAGAAUUUGAAGAGAUGCCAGGACGCCGAUGUGCUGUGUUCAGCUGCAACAAUAGCGCUUUUGCUACAAAAAGGUCUAAAUUGGAUAUUAUAUACCACAACUUUCCAAAGGCUAAAAAUCCCGUCUCAAAGAAUACAUUGAAAGAGUGGGUUCUUCGAUGCAGAAGAGCCGAUAAUUUUAAUCCUGCCAACAGUAGUAUUUGUUCUAUACAUUUUAAAGAUACAGAUUAUGACAGGGAUUUGAGGAAUGAAUUAUUAGGUUUACCAGUAAGAAAAUUGUUGAAAAAAAGUGCUAUUCCAACCCUAAAUCUACCUGGCCAAGAAGAUCAGCCAAUUUCUGAAAGAGAGAAAAGAUUUGAAGCAAAGGUAAAGAUAGAACAGGAGUGUCAUAGGAAAGAAGAAAUUGACAAAGUUCUUUCUGAAGAAUGGAAAUCUGUAUUACCAGCAACAAAGCGACAAUCAAUCCUAGAACGCAACAAUAUCCAACCCUUACAGCAGAAUAUUGAUCAUAAAGAAUAUGAAAAAUUACUAGACAAAUAUAACUCAUUAAGGACAGAUAUGAAAGUUUUAAAGCGUAAAUUAUUGUUACAGAAUAAACAAUUAAAGUAUUAUAAAAAGCGUAAACCAAAAAAAGAAAAAAUUACUUUUGAAGAAGACAAGUCUGUUAAUGCACUUAGACGAGUUUUUACUAAUAAUCAGAUUGACAUGAUUUUGAAAAGAAAAAAACGGAUAAAUUGGUCCAUGGAAGAGAUGAAUAAGGCUUUUGCACUUUACUGUCUCUGUAAAAAAUCUUAUGUUUAUGUAAAAACUAAGCUCAAUUAUCCAUUACCAGGUUUAUCAACUUUGCGAAAGUGGGCAUUACAAAUAAAAGCACAACCAGAUCUUUUAGGACAUGUAUGUUCAUUUUUAAAGGAAGCGGAAGAAAAUGUAACAGAUCACGAAAUUAUAGUAAUAAAUAUUGAAGCAGAUGAAUAAGUUAUAGGUUGUCAUUGGAAUAAAGGGGGUACCUUGUUUAUUUUUGUCUUUCAACAGGUAACAAUAUAUAAGUUCUCAAAAAUCCAAUACCCUAUAAAAGUAUAAGAUUUCCUUAAUCCUUUAAUUUUUUUAAUUAUACUUGUUUGCAUUGUUAUAGAGUUCCAACCUGAGUUUUUAACAAAAUAAAUUCAAUUCUGC